UGCGCUCUCAGAGGCUGUCCGCACGCUUCCAGCGAGACACAAAACCAGACUUUUCUCCAAGAUGACAUUUAGGCACGACCUGAAGAAGUCCAGCACGAUAUGAGGAUUGUGUCUUACGAGUUACAGCUGAUUUGUAGAGUCGAAGAAAUCAUUCCAGCGAGAUAGCUCCAGCUCCUGGACUUUCUUACUUCUAUCCACUUGAGAAAGGCGACAGCAAGAGUAGGUGAAGAUUUUCAAACACCGACUACAACAGCAACUUCAACAAGUGAGCAGAACAACUGCUGGACGUCGGGCUGACCGUCUCCGAAGGCGAAGUUUGUCACCAUGAGUUCCGAAAAGAGCAAAAUGGAGGAUGAAGCAGUGUUGGACAGAGGAGCUUCCUUUGUCAAGCAUGUCUGCGAUGAAGAGGAAGUAGAAGGUCACCACACUGUGUACAUUGGCGUUCACGUUCCCAAGAGCUACCACCGGAGGAGGCGCCACAGACGCAAGUCUAGCCACAAGGAGAAGCGGGAACGAGCCGAACAGAGCACGGAAGGAUACAAGUCCGAUGGAGAGAACGCAGACGAAUCCUCUGCAAACAUCCUCAAACCUCUCAUUUCUCCAGCUGAGAGGAUCAGGUUUAUGCUGGGAGAGGAGGACGAUGGCCCCCCACCACCUCAGCUCUUCACUGAGCUGGACGAGCUACUAUCUGUGGAUGGACAGGAGAUGGAGUGGAAGGAGACAGCCAGAUGGAUCAAGUUUGAAGAAAAGGUGGAGAAGGGCGGCGAGCGCUGGAGUAAACCUCAUGUGGCCACGCUGUCCUUACACAGCUUGAUGGAACUCAAAAACUGCAUCGAGAAGGGCACAAUAAUGUUGGACCUGGAGGCCUCUACACUGCCACAGGUUGUCGAGACAAUCAUCGACAGCCAGAUUGAGACUGGUCAGCUGAAGGCGGACCUGAAGGAAAAGGUCAUGUACACUCUGCUACGGAAGCAUCGCCACCAGACCAAGAAAUCCAACUUGCGCUCUCUUGCAGACAUUGGCAAGAGUGUUUCCAGUGCAAGUAGGCUGUUUUCCAACCAGGAGAACGGUAGCCCAACUACUACCCACCGAAACCUCACCUCCAACAGCCUGAGUGACUUCUCUGACAAACCAGAGAAGGACCAGCUGAAGAAUAAGUUCAUGAAAAAACUGCCCCGUGAUGCUGAGGCAUCAAAUGUGCUGGUUGGAGAGGUAGAUUUCCUGGAAACUCCCUUUGUGGCAUUUGUUCGUCUGCAGCAGGCUGUCAUGCUUGGGGCUCUAACUGAGGUCCCUGUGCCCACAAGAUUUCUCUUUGUGCUGCUGGGCCCCAAAGGUAAAGCCAAGUCCUAUCAUGAGAUUGGAAGAGCCAUCGCCACCCUGAUGUCAGAUGAGGUAUUCCAUGAUAUCGCCUACAAAGCGAAGGACAGGCAGGACCUGCUGGCUGGUAUCGAUGAGUUCCUGGAUGAGGUCAUCGUCCUGCCCCCCGGCGAGUGGGACCCUGACAUCAGGAUAGAGCCACCCAAGUCUCUGCCCUCCUCGGACAAGAGGAAGAACAUGUAUGCUGGAGUAGAGGCACCUCAGAUGAAUGGUGACACUCCCCAUGAUGCGGGACAUGGAGGGGGAGGAGGUCACCAGGUUGGAGAGGAGCUUCAGUGCACCAGGAAGUUCUGUGGAGGUCUAAUCCUGGAUAUCAAGCGGAAGCUGCCUUUUUUUGCCAGCGACUUUUAUGACGCACUACAUAUCCAGUCUCUGUCGGCCAUCUUGUUCAUCUAUCUGGGCACGGUCACCAAUGCGAUCACAUUUGGAGGCUUACUUGGAGAUGCUACAGAAAACAUGCAGGGUGUGUUGGAAAGUUUCCUGGGUACAGCACUGACAGGAGCAGUGUUCUGUCUGCUGGCUGGUCAGCCCCUGACCAUUCUCAGCAGCACAGGCCCGGUGCUCGUCUUCGAAAGACUCCUCUUCAACUUCAGCAAAGACAACGACUUCGACUACCUCGAGUUCCGGCUAUGGAUUGGCCUGUGGUCGGGUAUAUUCUGUCUGGUGCUGGUUGCCACAGACGCCAGCUUCCUGGUGCAAUACUUCACGCGCUUCACUGAGGAAGGCUUCUCUGCGCUCAUCAGCUUCAUCUUCAUCUACGACGCUUUCAAGAAGAUGAUAAAGCUGGCCCACCACAACCCCAUCAACUCUGAAUACAAUACCAACCUUGUCACUUUCUACGACUGCCGGUGCAUGCCUGGCAAUGUGUCAGAACCCCUCGAUGUCUCCUCCUGGACAAACAAUACUGAUCUGCCAGUGAAUGCCACCUGGGCAUCCCUGAACAGGCAGCAGUGUGUGGAUUACGGAGGACGGCUGGUCGGAGAGACCUGUGGUUACGUGCCUGACAUCACCCUGAUGUCCUUCAUCUUGUUCUUUGGGACCUACACCUGCUCCAUGGCUCUGAAGAAGUUCAAGACGAGCCGCUUCUUCCCCACCACCGUCAGGAAGCUCAUCAGUGACUUUGCGAUCAUCUUGACCAUUCUUCUCUUCUGUGGCGUGGACGCCUUUGUCGGUGUGGACACUCCGAAGCUCAUAGUGCCAAGUGAAUUCAAGCCCACGAGUCCAAAGAGGGGCUGGUUUAUUCCUCCUUUUGGAGGGAACCCUUGGUGGGUGUACCUGGCAGCCGCACUCCCCGCUCUGCUGGUCACCAUUCUGAUAUUUAUGGAUCAGCAGAUCACUGCUGUGAUCGUCAACAGGAAAGAGCACAAACUCAAGAAAGGGGCAGGGUAUCACUUGGACCUGUUCUGGGUGGCCAUCCUGAUGAUAAUCUGCUCUUUCAUGGGUCUGCCGUGGUACGUGGCUGCCACUGUCAUCUCCAUCGCCCACAUUGACUCCCUGAAAAUGGAGACCCAGACGUCAGCCCCCGGGGAACAGCCUAAAUUCCUCGGUGUCAGGGAGCAAAGAGUCACCGGUAUCUUUGUGUUCAUCCUCACGGGACUCUCCGUCUUCAUGGCCCCUAUCCUCAAGUUCAUUCCCAUGCCUGUGCUUUAUGGUGUCUUCCUCUACAUGGGUGUGGCGUCACUCAAUGGUGUCCAGUUCAUGGACCGCCUGCAGCUACUCCUGAUGCCAGCCAAGCACCAGCCGGACCUGAUCUACCUGCGACACGUCCCUCAGAGACGCAUCCACCUCUUCACCUUCAUCCAGGGCCUGUGUUUGGCCCUCCUCUGGAUCCUCAAGUCUACUGUGGCUGCCAUCAUCUUCCCUGUCAUGAUCUUGGCAUUGGUUGCAGUGCGCAAGGCCAUGGACUACGUGUUCUCCCAGCAUGACCUCAGCUACCUGGACGACGUCAUUCCAGAGAAAGACAAGAAGAAGAAAGAGGAUGAAAAGAAAAAGAAAAACAAGAAGAAGGGGAGCAUCGACAGUGAAAUUGAAUUUUCCGACUACCCCUACCAUGAAAAUGUCCCCAGUAUAAAAAUUUCUAUGGAUAUGAUGGAACAGGAGCCCAUGUUGGGGGAGAAAUCUUUGGAUAGACAUCAAUCCCAGACUUUCCUUAACCCGCAUUCGCCGUGCUGAGCAUUACUUUGAGUCUCCCACAGUGGCCGAGUAAUCUUGACAAAGGUUCAUACACAAAAGGUUUGCCUCAGAUUCGAAUUGGCCGGGACUCUGAGGAUAACGGCUUCUUGUGGAAGAAGGGCUCUGAAACUGAUCUGUGAAUGAAUCAUCCAAAGAUACGGCAGAACCAACACAACAUCACGAACAUAACCAUCCUCUUCUGUGCUACAGUACCGCUUCACAACGGUAUUUUUAAUCUUAUUCCUCAUGCGAGGAUUUAAAUCCGAAUGGCUGGAAGUAUUUGUCUUAAAAUUUGAAACACUGUGGUGGUACUGAAUUUUAACGAGAGCUGACACGAGAUCCGUUUGUCAUCUGCACGAUUUCCUGUGGAAAACAAAAGGGCUACUCAAGGUCAUCUGCAUGCAGUUUUUGUGGGACAUUAAUGUCUUAUUAAUGUGUGCGCUAAGGAUUUUUUAAGCAUCCAGCUAAAGAUGUAUAGGCCUAAUUCAGGAUACAGUAGGUUGGUAGAAUACAGAUGGCUUCAGACCAUAUACACCAGUCUUUAUUUACCUCUGUACAUAUGCAGAGGAAUUCCCUUCAGUUUUUUUUCUAGAUUUUUCCAAAGAACACAGAAUAUAACCAUGCUCUCUUCUGAUAGUACUGUUUUUAUAGUCCUUAUUUUUUAAUGUUCCUUGUAGCUUUUGAGUUAUAACUACUGGAUUUUUAAGAUUAAAAUAUGUUGGAGGUACUGUAUUCGGAGGCGAGCACAAGAGAAAUCCUCCUUUUCUUGUAGUGAACAAAAGGGCUACGAGGGGUCAUCUGUACACAGUCAUGAGCGGACAUUAAUUUUCUAUUUAUGGGCAUAUUAUAUACAUUUAUUAUUUAUCAGGCAUCCAUCCAAGGAUGCAUAUUCAUAAAACACACCCCGAAGAUAAUGUAAGCAUACAGUGUUUGUUUCAGUAUGGUAAGAAGUAAAUGGUUCAACACCAUAAAGACUGGAACUUCUAUUUUUGUUUCCUACUCCUUCUUUUUUUUCCUUUUUAUAUAUUUAUUAUAUUUAAACUCUUGGCAAAAUAAUUUGCUGUUUGAAUCUUACGUAUGGCUUUACCAUUUAAAUUCCCCAUUUGUGCAAAUUCUUUCUGUGGUGUGUAUCCACUCUGUCAUUUCCCUGUUUUAGGGAGAUAUAGAUGUAUUAUACCUGUUUGUAGCUCUACCUCUUAUUUUCUGUAGGUGCCAGGCAUUAUAUAUUAAAAACAUCUGUUGUGCAAUUAUUUGUGAUCAAACACUGUUUUUUUUUUUUUUUCCCAACUGGCACUACAUAGGAUCUUUGAAUCUUCACGUUGAGUUCCUUUUUGUUCUCUGACACUUAGGAUAUUAUAUAUUUGUUUUGUUUUUUUAAUAUUAAAUAAUUCUGUACAAUUUUAUGUUUUAAAUGGUAACUCCUCCAAAAUUACGUUUUAGGUUUUUCAUCCUAAAAGCAAAACAAUUUAACUAUAGAGAUAGUUAAAUGUUUUAACUAUCUCUACAGACACAGGGAACAUAAAACAUGAAAUUGCAUCUUUUUUUUGUUUUUGUUUUUAAUGUUUCAUGUACUGAAUUUGGGGGAAUGUGAUGGUCUGUCCCUUUUUAACCCAUUUGAAUGAAUGCAGUUUGUUGUUCUCACACACUUGACCAUGAACUUAACCCUAAAAGUUUAUUUGAGGUGACUUUUCCUUUAAAAUGUGAUCAUAUUUAAAAGUCAUUAAUGUGAUAAAUUUUCAAUCUUUGAGUAUAUUUUUUAUUUUUUUUAAUUAUGUAUUUUUUUUUUAAUUAAAAUCAACAUUAAAUCACUGUGAGGCAAUGCAAUGUUGUGAUUUCCAAUCCUGCAAGAACUACUGCUUUACAGUCUACAACAGACAUUUUGCUGAUUUCAUUUAAUGACAGUUUGAUGAGCCGUGAAAUGCACCAGUUUUUAGUUAUGCAAUAUCAUUUAAAUGUCUUUCUCAUGCUUUUAUUGCCAUUUGAAGUAUACACUAAUUCAGUAAAUUCAAGAUAUGAUUGCAUAUUUGAAUGUAAUACAUCUCAAUCAUUUGAAAUGUACAUUUAUUUUUUUGAAGAAAAGGACGUGCACAAUCAAUGCUGUUUUAUGAUUUGUAGUGCAAAUAAGGGCUUUAAUUCACGCUUUUAAAAUCACAUGAGUAGGCGUCAGUGUGAAGUACAAGACUGUUAAAGUUGCUCUGAACCAAAAACCAGAAACCACAUUGUCUUCCACUUUGUUCUGUAUAUCUUGACUUUUUAGUCUUUCUGGUUCUGAUUCCAAAGUUAAUGUAAUUUUUGAUGUUCUGACUCUGAAACCAAUUUUAUACAAGCAUCUAUUGUUCUCAAUAACCAUAGAUUACUCAGAAGGAAGCAGGCGUUGGUGGGAUUUUUUUUUUUUUUUUUUUUUUUUUUUUUUAUGGAGUAGUGUUUCAAAUGAAAGCAAUA